GUCCGCGAGAGUCUCAAGCUGCCUCCUCCUGUUUUGUGGAAGACACCUGCGUCUCUCUUCGCACUUCCUCUCUAGCCGGACUCUCGCCUGAGAAGUUUCGGGAAGCACCAGUUUGCGCCUGUCAAACGGUCAUCGACACAGCGUUCCAGCUUGCAUAUUACGGUUAUAUGUACGUCUAGCCGCGGAGCGACGUGCCAAAGCUACAUCCCCUGCCAGGCUGCGAGGCAACCACCCCUCGACCUCAGAGCCAACUGAGUUGAAGAAAGCCGAGAUGCGUUCAAACGCCUCAAAAGAAAGGCCGGGCGCGGGCACUGUCGGCAUGGCCGACGACAUGCCUUGCCCUCCCUCACAGAAGGGCCGCGACAUCGGUGCUCCUACUGCAAACGCCAUCGACAACCACAUAAGGGAGCUGGCCUCCCUCAGGCGCAUUAGCGAGGGGAACAACGCCGAAGACAGCCACGGCACGGUGCUCGCUAUUGUGAAAUUCCCCCAGCAGGACAAGCUUGCCCUAGCCUGCGACGGGAAGCCGUGGCAGGAUUUUCAACUCCGCAUGCGUUACGACAAGCUCAUGAGCCUAGACUCGAGGAAGAUUCAGGACAUGUUCACCCCGAGAGCCCAAGAGCGCUUCCGCAGACGCCUCGGCUUUCAACAUGGGUUGCCUCCCGGCAUCGAAUAUGCCCUUGACUUCACUCCUCCCUCAGAAGGGCCUGAGCUGGCCGAUCUCACAGCGGCGUUGUGGCUGCCCCGCGUGGUUAAGAUCUGGUUUCUGGCCGGCCAGUAUCUGCCCGACCCUAUCCUCGCGAACGGCUUCGGCGUUCCAAUUCGGCCGCUGGCUGACAAGGCUGUCGGCGCCACUCUCGCCCUUGGUCACGACGACGUCUGUAUGAACCUUGGCUGUCUUUCGGAAUAUCCUGAAUGGCAAGUCAAGCCUGAUGUUCCGGGAAUCAUCGAGGACAGUCCCUCUAAACCGAGCCACAUCCCCCACUGGCGCAAGGUUGAAGACUACUGCCCUAUCCGACAUCGCGUAGCCAUAGUUCGCGUGCUCAGGGCUAUCAACGGCGAAGAUCUUCUCCUGAACUCGGCAGUUCGGUUGUGGACCGUCGCCCAGGUAGCCAUCUCUCUUGAGGUGCCGCGGGUUGUGGUCGACCCGGUCGCGCAAUGGCUUGUGGCGCCCCCGAAUACCAAAUUCAUCGAGAUCUGCCCAGAAAAGGCCUUCCAACUGGCCUAUAAGCUCAAGAUCCCCAGCGUCCUAAUCACGGCGUUCAAAAUUCUCGUCAGUGAGCUCGCCGUUGACUACGCCUCGUCCAAACCGGUUACCCGUCCUCCUCGAAUGACAUGGGCGCAACGCCGCCGCGACGACUAUGGCGACUACCCUUUCGACCCGGUCGAAUAUGCCAGCCGCGCGUUCGCUGAACGCAUGGGCCAGACCAUCGAGAUGCUCCAGUCUGAUGAUGCGAUCUCCUUUCUUCCAGGCCGCAAUUCAGAGUGGGACAAGCUCCGGGCCUACAACGCCGCCAUCGGGGCCCUGCCCCACGACGCCCCUCUCAGAGAGGCAUAUGACCACCUCACAACCGCCCUCGUCUCCGCCUUCCGUCAAUGGGUUGACAAAGCUCUCAACCCUGACUCAAUUUACCAACCGAACGACCGUCGCAGCGACCUCCUCGAAGCCCAGCGUCGUCACUACAUACCCGCCGCUGACCGCAAACCCCUUCUCAGCCUCUACUGGGUCCUCAACCCCACCCAAAAAGCUCUCACACCUUUCUUCUGGGAGCACCUCUCCUGGCUUCCCUCGCGCAGUGAUUUCCUCUCCUCUCCCAUCUACUCCGGCAAGUCCCUCGAGAGCCACGCGACAGCCUUCAACAACCUCCUCACCCGCCUUCUCAGCAGCUCCACCACCGAUCCAGCCCACCCCGCCCUCUCCGCGGCCGUGGAACACGCGGCCGCGGCCCGAGGCCUCUUGAAGAACCAAGUCCUACGUGACCAUCACCACGACUCGCACCUCUUCAACAUCCACCGCUUCCAUAAGGACCUAUGCCGCGACGUCAGGCAGCUCUGCAACACCCACCUUGCCUCCGCCUCGUCCGACGUCGCGGGUUCCGAAGCGGACACGAUCCAGCUGUUCCUAUCCGACCACCUGCUCCUCAGCCUCAACGAGAGGGAACUAAGCUACCUUCCCAUCUGGGCCAACGGCCUCGAUGACGGGUCAGGAGGCGUUUUUCAGGAGGCUAUCCCCCCGGCCGAGAUGGGACCCAGCGAACCCGGUCCGGGCUAUCACACGGGCUACACGGUCGGGAUGGGGACGGAGAUGGACACUGCGACGGAAGGCAGGGACGGGGUGUUGUCGACGGUCGGAUUGACGCAGGAUGGGAGGACCAUCGAGGGAGCGGACGACGGGGCGGCGUCGACCAUCUUCGCGCCGUCGGAUCUGGGCAUGGGGGGGUUGCGCCUCGGGAGCGAGAGGACGGCAGAGUGGGUAUCGGCGACCGCGGCGGCCACUCCCUCCUCGGCGGGGAGGAGCGUGGAUGUGCAGAGAAGCGGCGCCGGAACGAGCACUGACGCUGGCUUCGGUCCGAGCCGCAGCGGGGCGACGGCGUCCGGGUCGUUUACGGCCGGUGAUGUGGAAAUGGAAGGCACGUAUGUGGAUGCGCGGUAUGCACAGCCGGCGGCGCACCAGGCGCAGGGGCAGGCUAUUGAGAUGUACGUGGACGAGGUGGCGGGGGCUGACGCCAUGCCUUGCGGCGUUGGGGGCUUCUCGGAUGAAGAAUUGGAGCUGGACUUGGACGACGGAAGUUCGACGCUAGAUGGCUUCGAAGAGGUUGAUGCGGAAGAGACCCGCUGAGUCUUUUUGUGGGCUGUCUUGUUCGUCUGGGUCAAUCUUGAUGAGAUGUGCCAUUGCCAUGAAGAUUGUGAGCCCGUGAAUAGCGGGAACCGAGUGGCACCGGCGCAUAGUGUGUGGAAGAGCCGGGCCGGAGGAGAAGGGGGGGGGAGGAGGGAAGGUUGCCCUUCAUUUCAUGACUUUGUUGUAUCUUUUGGAUUACAUUGAGUUUGAACGU